CGCCCAGCUUCAGCAAUGUCAGAUGUGAAUUAAUUAUUGCAACUGUUGGAUUUUUAACUCAUAUUACGCAAAUAUCAUGGGCUAAUUUAAGGUGACAAUCAUAGCGAUGGGUUUUAAUGAUGUCGGCAUCUUCAGAUGGUUCAAAUGCUGGUAAUGGCACAAAGUUGGAGCCGAUAUAUCCACGAUCUACGCAUGCACAAAUAGCAUAUGAAGAAUGCCUGAAAAAUCAAAUAGCACAACUCCUCGUAGAAAAUCAACGGGAAGCUAAGGCUAUCGCGGGCCGCCCCAGGCCCAGCACCGAUGGAGAUGCAGGUUUGAAACCGACGCCGAACUAUAAAUCCCUAGCAUUUAACAAUCCCAGUUCACGUUUAACCGCUGACGAUACAUCGAAUGUCAAAUCGAAAACACAAGGAAAGAAAAAUGAAAGAAGUACAAAAGAUGAACAGAAAUCUCGUAGUCGAAGUGGGAGAAGGAGACGACGUCAAAACAUCUUGAUGGUCAACACCUCAAAAGCAAGAUCAAGUGGAGAAGUUUUGAGAGUUAGUCUCAAUGAAUUAGGAUGGCGUUGGAAAGAGUCUACUGGCAGUCAGCGCGUACCGUGUGAUCUCUUCUGGAAUGGAGUAUCCUUCGAUGAUUGUGAAACUAAACCCCUUGGAGGAAUGGUCAAUAAAUUCCCAGGUCUGUUGGAACUCGUACGCAAGGCCCAGCUCUCCAAACUACUGCAUCAAAUGAGACAACUCUUCCCCGAUGAGUACAGCUUCUACCCACGCACCUGGAUCCUUCCCGAGCAGUACCAUGUUUUCUGUGCGGAGGUGGCGACCUUCACCCAGAAGUACCCUCGAGCCAAGCCAGUCUUCAUCGUCAAACCAGAUGACGGGUGUCAGGGCGAAGGGAUCUACUUAAUCUCUAACCCUCACCAUAUGUCCACUACCGGCCUCACCAAGCCUGCCGUUGUCCAGGAGUACAUACCAAGGCCGCUCCUUCUAGAACGCCUCAAGUUUGAUCUACGCAUCUACGUCAUGCUUGCCUCCAUCGACCCACUCAGGAUCUACAUCUGCAAGGAAGGCAUGGCUCGGUUCUGCACCGUGCCGUACCAAGAACCAACCACACGCAACCUCCACGUCACCUACAUGCACUUGACAAACUACUCCCUCAAUAAAUUCAGCAAUAAUUUUGUGCACACCGACUCGACGGAUCGGGGCAGCAAGCGGACCAUGACCAGCGUGUUCGGUACCCUGGCCAAUAGGGGCAUGAAUACCCCACGAAUGUGGGAGGAGAUCCAGGAACUAGUUGUCAAGACGAUCACGGCCAUGCUGCCCGACCUACGUGUCGUGUGGGAGGCAGAGUUUCCUCCGAAGAGAUCCAACCCAACGUGCUUUCAGAUCAUGGGCUUUGACAUCCUCCUGACGAGCAAACUAAAGCCUGUCCUGCUCGAGGUCAAUGCCAAUCCUAGCCUGAGACUGGACUUUGAGCAUCAUCUUCCUAACGGUCUGGUGGAGAUCCUACCUAGUCCGGUCGACGAAGAGAUCAAGAUACCGCUCAUCACGGACGUGCUCAGGCUUCUGAGACCAGGAAAGUUCUCCAAGGGUCUCAAGAGUGCAGCGAGACGAAACCAGAUACCGGUAGUCAAUCUGGAUGCGGGAGACGUUCCAAGUCAUCGACUCGAGGUUGAACCGACGUCCGAAGACGAGGAGGACCCCCUCUACGACUCCUGCUUGGAGGAGAUCUGGCCGCGGAAGUUCAGCAGCAAUUACGAGCAUCUACGCAUCAUGGAGCGUGUGGCCGCAUUCUUUAACCUCUUUCUUGGGGUGCGAGGGGCUCAUCGAGUGGGAGCCACUGGCUUUAGGACCUUCUGCAGAAAAUGUAAGUUGUGUGGAGGGGGUUUCUCCACGGCAGCUGCUGAUAUCAUGUACAUUGAUGUAGCCCGUCGUUGGAACGAACGAACCUGUGAGGGCGUGGCAGCGGGCAUGUGCUUCGGCGCUUUCCUAGAGGCCUUUUUCCUGAUCGCAAAGCGGAAGAUGCGGGGAGAAACCCUCUGCGAGAGGGUCGUAGCCCUUGUAGAGCACUGCGAGGUCAACCUGAAUGACUAUCAAGACUGGGACACCAAGAAUCCGCGCCCCGCGCAACGUCGCCUUGGUCGACCGUCCAUGGCAGGAAGGACCCUAACACGCGGGAAAAACAGCUCAGAAAAUUGAAAUGCGGCUGCUGCAGAUGUGCUUUAAUUACAAAAUUAGGCUCAGUCAGUGGCGUAGCUGGAGCUACCGGAGGCACACCACCCCCCUCCCCCCCCCCCUUCCUCGUCGAAUGACAAAGAAAAAGAAGUAAAGGGAUGAAAAAGAAGUAAAGGGAUGAAAAAGAGAAGUGAUAAAAUGAUGAGAAAAGAAGACUUUGAUGCUCGUGCCCCCUCUAAGGCUGGACAUAUGCUACGCCACUGGUUAGGCCUAUGAUGCUUUAUGUUAAGUGCAUCAUCAAUUCCCAAUGCAACUGUGUGCUUGCUGGCCUAUUGUUGCUUCUUGAAAAAGCAAUCUUUGUUUUACUUUACCAAGUUUGAUAUUUUGGGCAGAUAAAUGGUUUCACUGUGUGAGUUUGUGUCCGUAAUUUUGAGAUUGGUUAAAUGAUGGAUUGGAUAUGUUUGGUGCUUUACGUUAUGACUCGUCUAUUUCAAUGUGCAAUGUUUAUUCCGUCCUUUGCUUCGUUAUUUUUAUUUUUUAUAUAAAUUUUGUAUCUGACAUCAUUUGAAAAAUUAUGGAUUCACAUAAGGCCAGUUAUGAUAAAGAACCUAUAAUUCUUACCUGUAUUAAUUAAGAAGCAAUAUUUUUUUCCUGUUUUCUUAUAGGAA